CCAAUGACUAACCGCUUCAUUUUUUUUAAGGUUUAUGCACACGUGACGAAUUAACCUUAAUAAAAAUUGAUUUGAUUUUAAAAAUUAGCGGCAUUUGACAAAUCUCGAAAAUAUAAUUUUGCUAAUUAUUCUCGUCCCCGGGAUGUCGGAAUAUCCGGCUAUCAAUGUUCGUAUGGCGGUGCACAGGGUGGAUUUUAACCUGAUGGCGAACGAGGGCGAACAACCACGACUGUACACCCCCGGCGAAGAGAUAUCCAGUCAGCCGGAUUUCCUGAGAGGCCACGGAACCUACGUUGACGAAGAAAAAACGUUGCGUGCGUCAGUCGCCGGAGUUCUGGAGAAGGUCAAUAAGCUUAUAUCCAUCAGGCCUCUGAAAGCGCGUUACAACGGCGAGAUCGGGGAUCUUAUCGUGGGUAGGAUAACAGAGGUGCAGCAGAAACGCUGGAAGGUCGACGUAAAUUCCAAACUCGACGCCGUCCUGCUGUUGUCCAGCGUUAAUUUACCUGGUGGUGAAUUGAGAAGAAGAUCAGCUGAAGAUGAACAGACGAUGCGGAGGUACUUACAGGAGGGAGACCUAAUUUGCGCAGAAGUGCAGUCAAUUUUUGCUGACGGUUCCCUCUCGUUGCACACACGAGUGCUGAAGUAUGGCAAAUUGUCUCAGGGGAUAAUGUUGAAAGUACCACCGAUGCUGAUCCAGCGCAAGAAGACACAUUAUCAUAAUCUGGAUAAUGGGGCCACUCUGAUACUUGGCUACAACGGCUAUGUGUGGAUUGGUGCAAACAUUCAGGACGUCGAUAAAUCAGAGGGUGGUUUUACUGAGGACCUGUCAAAAAUCCCGUUGGAAAAUCGCGAGAGCCUGGAAACAAGUACGGUACAGCUGAGAGACAUGGACGCAUGUUUUAACGCCUUCGAUAAAGACGGUGACGGAUUCCUAUCAAUCUCGGAGUUCGAUCUUAUAUGCCGCGCGUUAUUUCGAAAUGAUCGCGGCAAGAUCUACGGUCUUGAAGAGGAUCAGCUACGCGAGGUGUACUCGAUCUUUGAUUUCAAAGGAGACGGCAUGAUCGAUAAGGAAGAAUUCGAGUUUUGCUGGAAUCGAUGGAUCAAAGUAUGCACACGUCCUAAGAGCGCUUUUUUAAUCGUGGAUGUGCAAAACGACUUUAUAACAGGUUCCCUGAAUAUAAAACAAUGUGCUGCGCAACAUGAUGGUUCAGAAGUUAUCGAACCAAUUAAUCGUUUGCUGGAAACCAUACCGUUUGACUCAGUGUUUUACUCCUUGGACUGGCAUCCUGUGGAUCAUGUGUCCUUUAUAGAUAAUUUGCACCUCAGGGAAGUGGACAUCAGCAGCAGUAUCUCGAAGGAAGCAGCACGAGUGUACGACACGGUGACGUUCCGGGGCCCGCCGUUGUUGAAGCAACGUCUGUGGCCGCGUCAUUGCGUGCAGGAUUCCUGGGGCGCUGAACUUCACAAGGAACUGAAGAUCGUGAACAGCGCGAUCAAGAUCUACAAGGGCACAAAUCCGGAGGUGGACUCAUACUCGGUGUUCUGGGACAACAAGAAGCUGACCGAGACCACGCUAUCGUCGCAGCUGCAGGAGAAGGGUGCAACGGACAUCUACAUCUGCGGAUUAGCUUACGACGUAUGCGUGGGUGCCACCGCCGUGGACGCCCUCACUAGCGGUUAUCGCACCAUCCUCAUCGACGAUUGCAGCCGCGGCGUGGAUCUCGUCGACAUCGAGAAGACUAAGGCCACGGUGAUAGCCAGCAACGGCGUGAUAGUGAAUUCCAGUCAAGUGAAGGCGAUGGUGGAAGGUAGAGAUCGACGACCAGAGCUGGGCUACAAGCUCGCUCUGGAGAUCAAGCACAAAUUAAGAUUCGACGAUGAAUAAUUCUAGCGAAUAGUGUAAAUCUAGAAGCUUCCUAUUGGUAGACAUUGAUAUAAAAAGGUCAUAGAUAUAUCUUAUUUUUGAACACAUUUCUUAUAGUUUUGAAAUAAUUAAAAAAAUUAAUGAAGGGAAAUGUGUAA